AGGAGACAGACUUCAUAUUUCAAAUUUCGCUUAUUUCGCAUUGUGCGGAAAAAUUUCCUGAAGAUGGAAUUCAGGUCAGUUUUCUUGCUUACUUUUAUAUUAUAUUGCUUCAGUGACAGCCCUGUAUUAGGAGAAGACGCCUCCAAUUGGAUGAGUAAUCACAAUGAUAUCUUGGGCAGAAGAUCGUUGAAGGAGAUAUGCAUUCCAGGAUCACACGAUUCAGGAAUGAGCACAUUAACCAAAAGUACGGCUUUGGCUGAUUCCUGUAAUGUCUUAACGCAAAAGUUUCCGAUUAAGGACCAGCUUCAGUUCGGCGCCAGGUACUUCGACGUACGUCCUGUCCUGGAUAAUGGCGAGUUCGUUACAGGACACUACAUUAAGCUGGUUGGAAGUCACUAUCAGGGAGGUAACGGACAGUCCAUCAAGUCCAUUCUGGAUGAAAUCAACAACUUCAUCUCAACCCAAAACGAGCUUGUCCUCGUCCGGUUGUCGAAGAGUCUCAACACUCAAAAAAGUCGUCCUUUCGACAGCGAUGAAUGGGAAAGAUUAUUUCAAAUGUUAGACAAUACUAAGAACUUGUUCUCCACCCCCGAUGAAACCAUAUGUUUGCCUGAAGUGACCCUAGAUGAAUUUACAAAUAAUGGUACAAAGGGAGCCGUACUCUACAUAAUCUACGAAACUGGAGUCCAUUUAGGAGCAAGAUUAGGCAACGGGUACUUCUACUAUUCUAACCUCGAUCCUUAUAGCAAGUACAGCAAUACCCAUGAUCUUAACGCCAUGAUGAACGAUCAGAUUCAAAAGAUGAAGGAUAACUCCAGAAAGAAGUAUUUCUUGCUGUCUUGGACUCUCACCCAAGGAUUCAUGAACUCGGCGUUCUGCAAGUUGGGUAUAGGAGGAAAGAGUAUCGAAAAACUUUCAGAAGAAGCUAACAGAAAACUUAAGGCUAUUGUUCCAAAAGUAAAUUCUAAUGCUUUUCCCAACAUCUUAUAUGUUGACUAUAUUCAGGACUCCAGUGUUCUCGAAACAGUCAUGGAAAUAAACAAUAGAAUUGAUCACCCGGCUCCAGUAUCAAAGGGCACAUUGUUUAAGAAUGACCCACUGGUCUAUAUUGUACUGUUGAUCAACUUAUUUAGAUACAUACAAACCUUUUAAUUUUUAUCUACAUCUAUAAAUUCAUUUACAUCAUUAGACUAUAAAAAUAGUUAAUUACGAAUAUCAUGUACAGGUAAACAUGUGUUUAAUCUUUAUUUUAUUCUACACUUAUUACACAUGUGGUUGUUAUUACUGUAAUUGUAUAGCUGAACUUUCAUUAUUAAUAUAACUGUAUUGCAGAACUAAAAUUAUUUUAUAUUUAUAAUUUUUCCUCACUCCUUGUCCAUUUAAUAUAGUAAAAACGUAUUUAACACUUUAACCAUUUAACAAAAUAAACAAAUGUAAUUUAUUUUUAUUUGUUUGAUCACAUUUAUAUAAACGUUCGGGUAUACUUUAUCUCCUUCUUCAGCAUCUAGAAUUAUAUAAAUAAUAAUUGUGAAUUGAUGAUUUAUAUUAGUGAACAUAUUAGUGAGUUAGUGAAUAUGGCCACACCCUGAAGGGGUUUAAGUUUGUUAACUUGAACAAAGAUUCCCAGGUAACGUGCAGGUAUAUGUAGUUCGUGGUAUAUGGUGUGAAUGUGUUCAUACAUCACUAUAAUUAUUGUCCACGAGAUAGAUUAUUAUAUGUCUAAAUAAGAAAAAAUAUAUAUAUCAAACAGUAAAUAUCAACUGCUAUGAUGUACACUUAAACUGUAUUCAGUGAAUAAUUGAAGAAAUUCCGCCGAAAACUGAGAGACGAGUUCAGAACACAACCUUCGCAUCAGCUGAUCCACUGCCUUCUCCAGUUAUAUUAUUGAAAAAAAAAAAUCCUUCGGGCUGAAGCCCCCCAAAAUUCAAUCAUGAAUCCGCAUGUGCUUUAAGGUUAUACAUUAUCUCAAUUAAUAGGCGAAGUAAUCAGUCUUUAUAAUUAGGAACAUAUAAGUUAGAUACAUUAUAAUUAGAAAUUAUAACAAGAAUUACAGAAUAUAUACGUUUUGGGACCGGGGAUAUUUCAAAAUUAAAAAUAUAAACUCUUCCCCGGUGAGGUUCCUCAAAGGUGAGAAAAUUCGAGUAAGAUUAAAAAGGUGGAAAAGUGGAAAAACAAAAGGAGUGAAAAUGAGACCUGUAGAACGUGAAAAUAAAAAAAAAAACAAAUGCAUGCACAAGAAAAUAAUAUUAAAUAGAAAUAUUCAAUAAAUCAAAAAAUGAAAAAUCCCCUUCUAAAUACUUACAAUAUUUAUUGAGAUAAAAGAUUUAUAUAAAAUUCAAAACAAACAAAGGAGAAGGAUGAAAAUUAUUCAAAUGCCCUGAAAUAAAAGAAAACAUAAAAUAUAAUGUUCAGUGAAAAUAAAAACAAUUAAACAUUAUGAAAAAAAAUAGUAAAAUCCACUUCUAAAACUUUAAUAAAACAAGAGAGAAACAUGUCUGUGGUAACGGUGAGAAAACAGAACGAAAAUAUCCCAAAUUGGAGGCUAUAUUUCCAAAGAGGUUACCUGAUGUUCAGCUGUCAAAGCAGUCGAUGGUGGGGGGAUCGAUAUGCAUAUGGAUCCUGAUCGAUGACUCGUGAUGAUAGAGCUGUUAUAAAAAAAUGGCGCAGGUGAGGUGAAGAUCAGACGAGACGGUCUGGAGCUUGGUGAAAAUGGUGGGGGUAGACGUCCACUACAAACGAAAGACAGCUCCAGACUGGCGACCCAGCAGUAUUUAUGUCUUAAUAUCUAUGACAGGGUAUUACUGCCGGGCUGGUAUGUUAGAUAAAAGACAAUAGCCUUUGUAAAUACAAUUCUUUGAAUAUUGCUAUAUCCUUGGUUUCAGGCACAUCUUUUUCCAAUUAAGCACGCUGGCUUUGACCACUGAGUUAUAGUAUCCUGUGACCCUUGUCCGUGGGACUAGUUGGGCAUCU